AGCUCCUCACUUGGACGUCUUUCUGUUGCACGUUGGAAGUGGCUGAGGAACUAUACGGAGAACUACCAUGAAGGGCUUUAUUCUAAUUUCAUUGGCACUCUUUGCCACAGUUGGCCAAAUCUCAGCUCAAAGUAAUCCCCUCUUGGAUGUCCUGGAUAGGGUUACGGAGGUCUACAAUGAAUAUGAAGAAUUCAAGCAUGACUCAAGAUUCGCAAUGGGUGAUCACAUUAGGCACCUUUCGCAGCUCGUCCUGAAUGUUGUCCUGGAAGAAAUUACGUCUUGGGGUCUCCGUGUGAAGCAGCAGUGCCCUCACCUCCGCAACACAGAGGCUCAGGGUGAGAUUGUUCGUGGAUGCGCAGAGUCAGCCGUUGUGGCCAUUGCUGCCCAUCAGGAUGCCAUCUUCGACAUUCUCGAGGACAUGAAUGAUGCCUCCAAUGCUGUGUCCCUCAGCACAGUUGAGGAACUCGUUGAGUUCAACGUCAUCACCAAUUACGAUGACUUCAACAGUCACUUUGACCCAAUUAUCACGGAAUUCCGUUCACGACUUACCGCCUAUGUUGCCCAAGUUGGACAAGAAAUUGCCGGCCUAGCUGGUAUUACGUCAACCUUGCCAGACACAACCCGUGCAUGUAUCAAUGCGGCUUUCCAGAAAUUCCUUCAGACAUGCUAAUCAUUUCCCCUUUUUAAUUUUUUUUGUGAUCAUAUUAAAUAUUGGUGAUGUUUCAAAAUAAAAAUAAAUCUAAUUGUAAUCCAACAAAAAAA